CAGAUGACGAUCGACUUCGCUGUACCGUACUUUGUGAAAGCCCGCCGCCCUCUCUCCCUGGUUGACACACACGUUUGUGUUGAAGAAGCACGAUGCUCCGAAUUGUGUUAUCCCGAACUUUGCCUCGAAUCUCUGGCAUUGCGAAUUGUCAGUAUUCGGCGGCUGCCAUCCCCGUUCCAAGCGCACAGCCCGAAGUGCAUUAUAACAAGGUAAGCGAUAAGCAUUCACAACCUGUGAAUGACAUGUUGAGUAGCUAUUAUAUCAUUGCUGCACACGACUGAAAUGAUCAGUUUAGUGUAUUUCUGUCAUGUGUAAUUCAUUGCAAGGCAACUAGGCAUACGUGAGAAUUGCAAUAUCUUUUGGCCUACUUGUUGACAUUAAAACACUUGACCUGAUUGAACCUUUGUGAGAACGUAGCUGAUUAGAUUUUGACAAUUGCGUUCACAUCUUACUUAUUCGAUACAUUAGGUCAACUGAAUUACAUAUACACUAGAUAAUUGUUGGGUAUGAUGGUGUUAUGCAAAACUGUAAUGUGGCAGACAGCCAGAAACUUUCCAGGGGUGCAUUAAUAACACUUUUGCUAGAGUUGAAAGGCCAGCUUGUACAUAGAGAGCCACAACACACAUAAUGUGCAUGUAUGCGUUUCUGUUAAAUUGUUUUGGGGGAAAUUAUAUACCAUUGUAAUAUUAUGUCAGAGACAGUAUCUUACAAUAUUGCACAAAUAAGAACUGAAGGGAAGUAAUGGGAUGCAACUGGACAAUACAAUGUUUAUACUGGCUCCAAUUUAUUUUCGGUCUGUUGAAUCAAACAGUUGUGAUAAGAUCUGUAAUCUAAACAUAGAGCCUAAUCAAAUCUCCUCUGUCUCAUUACAGCUGUUCAUCAAUAAUGAGUGGCAGGAUGCUGUCAGCAAGAGGUCCUUCCCCACCAUCAACCCAGCCACAGGAGAGGUCAUCUGUCAGGUGGCUGAGGCAGACAAGGUCAGUGGCUGGAACUGCCUUGAUACCUGGCCCUGUUCUGUCUAAAUACAAGACUUACAUCCUCGGUUCCUUGGAGUAAUCACUGAUCCAAUAUACAGUUGAAUUCAGAAGUUUACAUACACCUUAGCCAAAUACAUUAAAACUCAGUUUUUCACAAUUCCUGACAUUUAAUCCUAGUAAAAAUUCCCUGUCUUAGGUCAGUUAGGAUCACCACUUCAUUUUAAGAAUGUGAAAUGUCAGAAUAAUAGUAGAGAGAAUGAUUUAUCUUCUGCUUUUAUUUCUUUCAUCACAUUCCCAGUGGGUCAGAAGUUUACAUGCACUCAAUUAGUAUUUGGUAGCAUUGCCUUUAAAUUGUUUAACUUGGGUCAAACGUUUCGGGUAGCCUUCCACUAGCUUCCCACAAUAAGUUGGGUGAAUUUUGGCCCAUUCCUCCUGACAGAGCUGGUGUAACUGAGUCAGGUUUGUAGGCAUCCUUGCUCGCACACGUUUUUUCAGUUUUGCCCACACAUUUUCUAUAAGAUUGAGGUCAGGGCUUUGUGAUGGCCACUCCAAUACCUUGACUGUGUUGUCCUUAAACCAUUUUGCCACAACUUUGGAAGUAUGAUUGUGGUCAUUGUCCAUUUGGAAGACCCAUUUGCGACCAAGCUUUAACUUCCUGACUGAUGUCUUGAGAUGUUGCUUCAAUAUAUCCACAUAAUUUUCCUUCCUCAUGAUGCCAUCUAUUUUGUGAAGUUUACCAGUCCCUCCUGCAGCAAAGCACCCCCACAGCAUGAUGCUGCUACCCCCGUGCUUCACGGUUGGGAUGGUGUUCUUCGGCUUGCAAGCGUCCCCCUUUUUCCUCCAAACAUAACGAUGGUCAUUAUGGCCAAACAAUUAUAUUUUUGUUUCAUCAGACCAGAGGACAUUUCUCCUAAAAGUACGAUCUUUGUCCCCAUGUGCAGUUGCAAACCAUAGUCUGACUUUUUUAUGGCAGUUUUGGAGCAGUGGCUCCUUCCUUGCUGAGCGGCCUUUCAGGUUAUGUCGAUUUAGGACUCGUUUUACUGCGGAUAUAGAUACUUUUGUACCUGUUUCCUCCAGCAUCUUCACAAGGUCCUUUGCUGUUGUUCUGGGAUUGAUUUGCACUUUUCGCACCAAAGUACGUUCAUCUCUAGGAGACAGAACGCAUCUCCUUCCUGAGCGGUAUGACGGCUGCAUGGUCCCAUGGUGUUUAUACUUGUGUACUAUUGUUUGUACAGAUGAACGUGGUACCUUCAGGCGUUUUGAAAUUGCUCCAGACUUGUGAAGGUCUACCAUUUUUUUCUGAGGUCUUGUCUGAUUUCUUUUGAUUUUCCCAUGAUGUCAAGCAAAGAGGCACUGAGUUUGUAGGUAGGCCUUGAAAUACAUCCACAGGUACACCUCCAAUUGACUCAAAUGAUGUCAAUUAGCCUAUCAGAAGCUUCUAAAGCCAUGACAUCAUUUUCUGGAAUUUUCCAAGCUGUUUAAAGGCACAGUCAACUUAGUGUGUAAACUUCUGACCCACUGGAAUUGUGAUACAAUUAAUUAUAAGAGAAAUAAUCUGUCUGUAAACAAUUGUUGGAAAAAUUACUUGUGUCAUGCACAAAGUAGAUGUCCUAACCGACUUGCCAAAAUUAUAGUUUGUUAACAAGAAAUCUGUGUUUGGUUGAAAAACGAGUUUUAAUGACUCCAACCUACAGUGGGGAGAACAAGUAUUUGAUACACUGCCGAUUUUGCAGAAAAUCACAUUGUAUGAUUUUUAAGUAAUUAAUUUGCAUUUUAUUGCAUGACAUAAGUAUUUGAUAAAGCAGAACUUAAUAUUUGGUACAGAAACCUUUUUUUGCAAUUACAGAGAUCAUACGUUUCCUGUAGGUCUUGACCAGGUUUGCACACACUGCAGCAGGGAUUUUGGCCCACUCCUCCAUACAGACCUUCUCCAGAUCCUUCAGGUUUCGGGGCUGUCGCUGGGCAAUACGGACUUUCAGCUCCCUCCAAAGAUUUUCUAUUGGGUUCAGGUCUGGAGUCUGGCUAGACCACUCCAGGACCUUGAGAUGCUUCUUACGGAGCCACUCCUUAGUUGCCUUGGCUGUGUGUUUCGGGUCGUUGUCAUGCAGGAAGACUCAGCCACGACCCAUCUUCAAUGCUCUUACUGAGGGAAGGAGGUUGUUGGCCAAGAUCUCGUGAUACAUGGCCCCAUCCAUCCUCCCCUCAAUACGGUGCAGUCGUCCUGUCCCCUUUGCAGAAAAGCAUCCCCAAAGAAUGAUGUUUCCACCUCCAUGCUUCACGGUUGGGAUGGUUUUCUUGGGGUUGUACUCAUCCUUCUUCUUCCUCCAAACACUGCGAGUGGAGUUUAGACCAAAAAGCUCUAUUUUUGUCUCAUCAGACCACAUGACCUUCUCCCAUUCCUCCUCUGGAUCAUCCAGAUGGUCAUUGGCAAACUUCAGAUGGGCCUGGACAUGCGCUGGCUUGAACAGGGGGACCUUGCGUGCGCUGCAGGAUUUUAAUCCAUGACGGCGUAGUGUGUUACUAAUGGUUUUCUUUGAGACUGUGGUCCCAGCUCUCUUCAGGUCAUUGACCAGGUCCUGCCGUGUAGUUCUGGGCUGAUCCCUCACCUUCCUCAUGAUCAUUGAUGCCCCACGAGGUGAGAUCUUGCAUGGAGCCCCAGACCGAGGGUGAUUGACCGUCAUCUUGAACUUCUUCCAUUUUCUAAUAAUUGCGCCAACAGUUGUUGCCUUCUCACCAAGCUGCUUGCCUAUUGUCCUGUAGCCCAUCCCAGCCUUGUGCAGGUCUACAAUUUUAUCCCUAAUGUCCUUACACAGCUCUCUGGUCUUGGCCAUUGUGGAGAGGUUGGAGUCUGUUUGAUUGAGUGUGUGGACAGGUGUCUUUUAUACAGGUAACGAGUUCAAACAGGUGCAGUUAAUACAGGUAAUGAGAGGAGAACAGGAGGGCUUCUUAAAGAAAAAUUAACAGGUCUGUGAGAGCCGGAAUUCUUACUGGUUGGUAGGUGAUCAAAUACUUAUGUCAUGCAAUAAAAUGCAAAUUAAUUACUUAAAAAUCAUACAAUGUGAUUUUCUGGAUUUUUGUUUUAGAUUCCAUCUCUCACAGUUGAAGUGUACCUAUGAUAAAAAGUACAGACCUCUACAUGCUUUGUAAAUAGGAAAACCUGCAAAAUCGGCAGUGUAUCAAAUACUUGUUCUCUCCACUGUAAGUGUAUGUAAACUUCUGACUUCAACUGUAAUUGGAUAGGUGAAAGCAGGGGUUCCACUAGCCUACAUAGCUUGGACCUAUGCAGUCAUAAUGACUACUUCAAGAAAGGGAGGACAGAAGACGGCAUUUUCAAAGCAUUUGAACAGGCCCCUCACUGUUUCUGUAUUCCAACAAAACUACAUCCUUAGCAUACUAAGACAAUGACAAGUUGCCUGAAGCAGAAACAUGACAAUUAGAUGUGGUAGGAGGACGAGAGGGUAAAAUAACCAGGGAAAAGGUUAACCUUAACAACAGGUGUAAUUAGAGCACUGUCUUGCAGGGGCCAGGUGUGUGACCAUCUUAUUUAUGUUAUUACAUUGUCGUAAUUGAAUUACUUGAUAAGUUCUUUUUUAAGUUAUAUAAUCUAAUAUUGCUUGUCUUUUCGUCUCCCUCUGUGGCCUCCUCCCUCUCUCCAGGCAGAUGUGGACAAGGCUGUGAAGGCUGCCAGGGAGGCCUUCAGGUUUGGGUCACCAUGGCGACGCAUGGAUGCGUCGGACCGCGGGCUGCUCCUGAGCCGGCUGGCAGAUGCAAUCGAGAGGGACACAGCCUACCUAGCGGUCAGUGACGCAGUCCCAUUACUGCUGGUCAAUGGAAAUGAUUCACUUGAAGUGGUGUUAUGAGCGGCUAAUUAGAUGCACAACAUUCCUGGUCUGGCACUCAUGCCAAAGAAAGCAAAGUUGUUGGGAUUGUAUUAGAGUUUACUUGUGUGGCACUGGCACAGUGCUUUGUCUGAUGACAAAUGUUAGCUUCCAGUGGUGGAAACCUUUUCCCUUUUACCUAGAAAUAUUAUCUUCAAAAAAAGUAUGUUCAGAUAGAUUUAUUUGGCUUGUGAACAGCAGCACCAUAUUUUGCAGAGUCAGUGUAUUAGUCCUGUAUUCCACAGGUUGCUGACCUGUGCAGCUCCCGCGCUGAAGUCACAUGGUAGAGAUAGAGACGAAGGGUCACGGCUAGGAUCAACACUGAGAAACCGCUGGGGAAGUGGUGUAAAAUAAUUCCUUAGUGCUGCUCUUCCAAGACAUACACAAUGCAUAUUUGUUGGUGUUAUGUUACAGGUUUGGCUUGUUUGGUGAAAGUAAUAGGGGAAAGGUUAUUGUGGUGAAAGGGUUUCUCUGGCCUUGUUUUGAUAAAAUAAUGAACGGCCUCAGCACAGGAAGCUGCCCUACUUUGCCUGGUAAAUGAGGCCCUGCUCAAAUCAGAUUUCCUUUAGCUUACGCAAGGGAUUGGUUCUUGGAGAGAGAAACAAACUGCUUAGUUUGUGUCUCUGUGUGUGUGUGUGGGGGGUGGGGUGGGGGGGGGGGGGGGGUGUGUAUUACAAGAGAGUAGGAUUGUUAGGACAGUAUUUAGAUUGUACUUGAUUAACUACUGUCAGAUUGGCUUAUCAGGGGUACAAGGUCCAUCAGGACUGGAAAUAACACUGAUUCUGUCCACUGAACCGGCCCCAGCUACAUGUUAAAUAUGGAUAUGGUGUGUAUGUGAGAGGGAGUCUGUUCAGAGCCAAGCCAACACCAGUGACUCGUCAGUACUUGUAAUUGUUAUAAGACCGCCCAAUCUGUUGAAGUAUGUACAGUCCAAUGUCCUCAACAUUAACUGUACGUGACUGUAAAUGUUGUAGCUAGAUACAUUUUGUAGUGCGUGUUAUGUUGACCACAUCUACUCUUUUGUUCCCAAAUAAAUGGUGCAUGGAACUAAUCGUUGAUUCACUCUGUUGAUGAUGAGCCAAUUCAUUCCCUGGGUUGUGUCUUGCUUGUGCAACAGUCUCAAAAUAUUUGAUUCUAAUGUGACCUAACUAAAGUGAGGGUUACUGGUGUUUAACUGGACUCUGAACUGAUUAACACCCUGUAGCAGAAAAUAGUCCCUGUAAUUUGAUAUGAUAAUGUUAUAGUAUAACAUCUGUUUAGUCCAUUAGCAGCAUGUUACAGAGCCUUCCUCUAAAUACAUACUGUAUGCUGCUGUGGACAACACUGGAUAUCUAUUAGCUCUUUCUAGGAAGGUAUAGCAAUUUUUUUAGGGGGUAGAUCUGCUUUAAUAUUGCAGAUGGCUUCCAGCAAUGUAAUUGUCUGAAUCAUUUCCAAUCCCCCAUAUCUUUUUUUAAAUUAAAAUAAAUACAAUUUUAUAAUAUUAUAUUCAAAAUAAAUAAAUGGACAACAACACUUAGGCUUCUACUUCCAGCUUAUACAUACUAUAUACAUUUUACGGACACAGUAUAUUUUACUUUAGUUAACUUUUGUUUGUUUUUAAUCCCAUCCUUCAGCUACUCUCAACCCAUCCCAUCUAUCGCUUCGUUUUGUGUAUCAGUUCAUAAACCAUGUGCCAUGGAAUCGGUACAUCGAAAAUCUCUUCCCAACUAUUUUGCAAUCUAUAUGGCACAGCUGUCAAUUUUUUGGUCCUUAAAUGAAACCGGUAUACUUUUUUAAUUAUCACAAUUUUCUUUAACCAGGGUCGUCUUUAAUGCAGGGCCGACAGACAAGUUCCUUACUUUUUCCCCCUUCCACUUGUCUCUUCUGUUUUCGCAGUAAUUACAUCUACAUUUACGUCAUUUAGCAGACGCUCUUAUCCAGAGUGACUUACAAAUUGGUGCAUUCACCUUAUAGCCACUUUAAAAUGUUUAUUUUUAUUUUAUUUUUUGGGUGGGGUAGGGUAAGGGGGGGGGGGGUAGAAGGAUUACUUUAUCCUAUCCCAGGUAUUCCUUAAAGAGGUGGGGUUUCAAGUGUCUCCGGAAGGUGGUGAGUGACUCCGCUGUCCUGGCGUUGUGAGGGAGCUUGUUCCACCAUUGGGGUGCCAGAGCAGCGAACAGUUUUGACUGGGCUGAGCGGGAACUGUGCUUCCGCAGAGGUAGGGGGGCCAGCAGGCCAGAGGUGGAUGAACGCAAUGCCCUCGUUUGGGUGUAGGGACUGAUCAGAGCCUGAAGGUACGGAGGUGCCGUUCCCCUCACAGCUCCGUAGGCAAGCACCAUGGUCUUGUAGCAGAUGCGAGCUUCAACUGGAAGCCAGUGGAGUGUGCGGAGGAGCGGGGUGACGUGAGAGAACUUGGGAAGGUUGAACACCAGACGGGCUGGGGCAUUCUGGAUGAGUUGUAGGGGUUUAAUGGCACAGGCAGGGAGGCCAGCCAACAGUGAGUUGCAGUAAUCCAGACGGGAGAUGACAAGUGCCUGGAUUAGGACCUGUGCCGCUUCCUGUGUAAGGCAGGGUCGUACUCUCCGAAUGUUGUAGAGCAUGAACCUACAGGAUCGGGUCACCGCCUUGAUGUUAGCGGAGAAGGACAGGGUGUUGUCCAGGGUCAUGCCAAGGCUCUUCACACUCUGGGAGGAGGACACAACGGAGUUGUCAACCGUGAUGGCGAGAUCAUGGAACGGGCAGUCCUUCCCCGGGAGGAAGAGCAGCUCCGUCUUGCCGAGGUUCAGCUUGAGGUGGUGAUCCGUCAUCCACACUGAUAUGUCUGCCAGACAUGCAGAGAUGCGAUUCGCCACCUGGUUAUCAGAAGGGGGAAAGGAGAAGAUUAGUUGUGUGUCGUCUGCGUAGCAAUGAUAGGAGAGGCCAUGUGAGGAUAUGACAGAGCCAAGUGACUUGGUGUAUAGCGAGAAUAGGAGAGGGAUGUAAUGCUGCAAUUAGUUGGUUGUAAUAUUGGGUAGAGCAGACAUUUCCGUAUAUUUUUGUUAGCUGCAUGUGUGACAACUCCACCAGUCGUAUUUAUGAUGUCAUUUACAAAGAUUUUUUAUUUAUUUAUUUUAUUCCAAAAAUAAUGUUUUUUUUAAAUGAAUUAGUAUAUUUGAGUUUAACCAUAAUAUUUGUUGCAUUAUUUAUUAUCUUUUCUGGUGGAUUAAACUGAAAUUGCAACCAACUUUCUAUGGCUUGUUUUAAAAAUAGUGAUAUUUUGGAGAUUAUUUCAUUUUAAAUAACCGAAAGUGAGAGGUUGUAAUCUGAAUAAAGGGAAAAAGGCCAUUCUUGAACAUGGGGUGAGACAUUCUUACUAAUCUGCUAGAGAACCAGUUCGGAUUUAAGUAUAACUUUUCUAUGACUGAAGCCUUUAGUGAGAGGUCUAAUGCUUUAAUAUUUAAUAAUCUAUGCUCUCCGAAUUCAUUUUAAUUAUAUAAAUAGGCCCUUUUAAUUUUCUCUGGCUUGCCGCUCCAAAUAAAAUUGAAAUUAUUUUUGCUUGUAUAAUUUAAAAAACAAGUCACUAGGUGUAGGCAAAGCCAUAAGCAAAUAGGUAAACUAGAUAUGACUAAAGAGUUAAUCAGGUUGAUUUUUCCACAAAUAGACAGGUAUUUUUCUUUCCAUGGUAGCAAGAUCUUAUCUAUAUUUGCUAACUUCUAUUAAAAUGUAUUGUAGUGAGAUCAUUUCUUCGUUCCGGGAUAUGAAUACAGAGUAUGUCCACAUCACCAUCAGACUAUUUUAUUGGUAAACUACACAGUAAUGUAAAAGUUGUAUUUUUUAGUGAUCCAAUACAUAUUAUAAACUGGGUGGUUCGAGCCCUGGUUGCUGAUUGGUUGACAGCUGUGGUAUAUCAGACCGUAUACCACGGGUAUGACAAAACAUUUUAUUUUUACUGCUCUAAUUAAGUUUUUAACCAGUUUAUAAUAGCAAUAAGCCACCUCAGGGGUUUGUGGUAAAUGGCCAAUAUACCACGGCUAAGGGCUGUGUCCAGGCACUCCGUGUUGCGUCGUGCAUAAGAACAGACCUUAGCCGUGGUAUAUUGGCCGUAUACCACACCCCCUCAUGCGUUAUUGCUUAAAUAUAGUACACUUAUCAUAAUUUGGUUGUAAUCCAGAGAGGUUAGAAAACGUAUUUAGAUCCUCUAUAAGGCUGUGGAGGGAUCCAAAUUGUGGCUUUAAAAGAAAACAACAUGAAUCAUCAGCGUACAAUGACACCUUUGUUUGACAAUGUUACGUAAUACAGAAUGCAGCCUUGCUACUAUCUGUCCUCAAUCAACCUUUAUUAUUUAGGCCAUGGCGGAACUCUGUUGACACUUUUACCUUAUUUUGCCAUAGGAACUGGAGACCCUGGACAAUGGGAAGCCCUAUGCUGUGUCCUACAGUGUGGACGUGCCCAUGGUGGUCAAGUGCCUCAGGUCAGUCACAGUAAUAUAAAAUGCAGUGUGUGUGAGCAGUGGAAUGAACGCAUGCAUUUUAUCCUUGGGGGAUGGGGCUUUCAGCUCGACUGCCCCCAGCCUCUGGAAUGCCCUCCCGGACCACCUGAAGGCACCACAGACGCUGGGCUCCUUUAAAACGGCCUAAAGACCUUUCUAGGCUUUCUAUUGAUAGCUGUGCUCCUUGGUGACCUUGUCCCUUGUAGCGUCAGCUGUGUUCUUUGUCAGUUGCCUUCUAAAAUUCUAUUUGGUUGUUAUUUUAUGCACUUUGAGAUUAUUCUGUAUAAUGAAAAGCGCUUUACAAAUGUAAUACAUUAUUAUUAUUAUUAUUAUUAUUAUUAUUAUUAAUAUUAAUAUUAUUAUUAUUAUUACUUUCUGCAAACCAAAAUGUAUGAGUUGUCAUAAAUCUUAAGUGGCAGAUGUGGCAUUCUGCUAUAUGGCUGAAUGUUUGUUACAUUUGUAAGUGUGUGUGAAGUUGUAGGGAGAGGCAGAGACAGAAUGAUGGGGAAAGAGAGGGGCAAAAGAGGGUGAGAGUGACUGUGAAUUAGUUCUUACAAGAAUGUGACUGCAGACUGCCAAAGCUCCCUUAUUUGAUUGGCUGGCACCCAGCACCAUGACCUAGACUGCUUACUGUAUACUCACUGUGGAUCCAAUCACUAUCUCAAUCUACUGCAGGUGUGCUUGUUUACCUUUCAAAGGAUUGUAAAUAGACUCAUUUACAGUUUCCUUUGAAAACAAAUCCAUUAACGGUCAAAGAUACAUUGUCCUCAUUUCCUUCUACUCUUGAUAUCUGAAACUAUAGUUGCUGCAGUUCUCUUUCAUAAUAAACAUGUAUACAUGGUAGCCCUACUGAGGAGUCUAGUGUCCUCCUGGUAUUUACUGAAUAUGGAAUGUAGUAAUGACUUAUUUAGUGCAGUUGAGAAGUAUUGACAUCCCCCAUAUCCCUUUUGAUGUAUCUGAAAGGUAUAAGAUUUUUGAGGAUUCUUGAGUCCAAGUGUUUACUGUCUAUGUGUGUGCACAGGUACUAUGCAGGCUGGGCAGAUAAGUGGGAGGGGAAGACCAUUCCCAUUGAUGGAGACUUCUUCUGCUACACCCGUCAUGAGCCCAUCGGUGUGUGUGGCCAGAUCAUACCGGUGAGUGAGUGAAGGAGCUGUUCAGGGGUUAACGAUGGAUCUUGAUGAAUCUUAAGCUGUUCAGGGGUUAGGGAUGGACCUCCUUGAUGAAUCCUAAGCUGUUCAGGGGUUAGGAAUGGACCUCCUUGAUGAAUCCUAAGCUGUUCAGGGGUUAGGAAUGGACCUCCUUGAUGAAUCCUAAGCUGUUCAGGGGUUAGGAAUGGACCUCCUUGAUGAAUCCUAAGCUGUUCAGGGGUUAGGGAUGGACCUCCUUGAUUAAUAUUAAACUGUUCAGGGGUUAGGAAUGGACCUCCUUGAUGAAUAUUAAGCAACAUUCUCAGUAGUUCAUGUUCAAAUUUGGUAUUUCUAACCAGCUAACAUGUCACUAGUGUAUUACCAGCGUUUCCAUUUUGUGGCCCCUUUCCUCUUGCCUGUGAGAACUGGUGUGUUUGCUCAGUCUGUCAUGGUGAAAGAGACUGGAGAGGAAACAAGAGCUGGCAGAGCAGUUUCAGUGAGCUGGCUUCAGUCCCACCAGCCAAUGGGAGGAGGGAGGGAUAGGGAUCAUUUAAGGUGAAACCCUGCCUCCAAAACCUGGCAGGGCUGCAAGGCUGUUUUGUAUAAAUAUAGUGGCAGCCUGGACUUUAAUGUGUCGAGUGCAUGCAUGGAUUUAUGUCUAUGCAUGCGUUUAUGCACACGUUUGAUAUGGUCUGUAUUUACCAUUCACUCUCUUCCUCCCUCUGUCUUCCCUCAGUGGAACUUCCCUCUGCUGAUGCAGGCAUGGAAGCUGGGCCCAGCUCUGGCUACAGGCAACACAGUGGUGAUGAAGGUGGCUGAGCAGACCCCCCUCACUGCCCUGUAUGUGGCCAGUCUCAUCAAGGAGGUUGGUACACAAACACACACGUACACACACAUAUACCACACACACACCCUCCUUACCACACUUAGCACAGUUUCAAUGAAGUAUGCACAACUCUAGUACAUUUGUCUUUCUCUCUCUCAGGUUGGUUUCCCUCCAGGUGUGGUGAACAUCCUGCCUGGUAUGGGUCCAUCUGCUGGUUCUGCCAUCGCCUCCCACAUGGAUGUGGAUAAGGUGGCUUUCACAGGAUCUACUGAGGUAAGACAGAGAGCCCAUACCUCAGGCAGCUCAAAGAACUGAGUCGCUGUUUAGUAAUCUUAGAUGAUUAACCAAUCCCAUGACACCUGCAUAAAUCAUAUAAUCUCAGAAAUGAAAAUCAACCACCUGCAAGUGCCCAAUUGUAUGUCUAUUUGGAUAUACUGUAUGUGCUGAUAUUUCUUUCAAAUGGCCAAUGUGUUUUGGCGUAUUAGUGUGUGAAUGAGAAUGAGCCCUGUGCUGUCUAAGCAGCUCCAUGCUCUAUGUGUCCAGGUAGGUCACCUGAUCCAGCAGGCAUCUGGCUCAAGCAACCUGAAGAAGGUCACUCUGGAGCUGGGAGGAAAGAGUCCCAACAUAAUCAUGUCUGAUGCAAACAGUGAGUAUGGCUCCUGGCUGCUUUACUUUUUAGAUGGGCAUCCAGUUAGAAAUAUGAAAAGAAUGGGAACACUUAAUUUAUAGUCUGCUACAGAUUAUUUAGCAAUAUCUUCAACAAAGCGUGGUGUCCGUUUUAUUUAUCAAGUAUCAAUUGCAACAGGCAGCUGCUACUUUUACAGCGAAGGACAUCUACCAAAGGAGGCUGAUGGGAUGAGCUAUAGGAGGAAAGCCUCAUUGUAAUGGCUGGAAUGGAAUCAAUGGAACGGAGUCAAACAUGUGGUUUCCAUAAUGAGCCCAUUAUCCCAUCAGCCUCCUCUGACUAAGGUGUGUGCAUGUUUGCCUGUGUGUGUCUUAUUUGUUGUAUUGUGAUUGCUGUGUCUGACUUAGCCGAUAUGUUUCGACUUGAGGUUCAGCAGUAAAUAAACCUUCCCCUUCAAGUCGAAACCUAGCUCAGCCAUUUUUUAAAACUAGUUUUUUAAACUGCCUUUUUCAUCAGCAUGCUAGGCUAGCUAAUGCUAAAGCAGCCCAUUGGAUUCCACAACACUUCCGGCAGCUACCCACCCCAAGGCCCAGUGUCAAUUUCAUGGAAUCCAAUGCUGCAGAACCUCAAGUCGAAACAUAUCAGUUAUGUAUGACUGUGUGUUCUCUCUCUCUCUUUCUGCAGUGGCGGAGGCGGUGGAACAGUCCCACUUUGCCCUGUUCUUUAACCAGGGCCAGUGCUGCUGUGCCGGCUCCCGUACAUACGUGCAGGACACCAUCUAUGAUGAGUUUAUGGAGCGCAGCGUGGAGCGGGCCAAGAGCAGGGUGGUGGGAGACCCCUUCAACAUGAAGACUGAGCAGGGACCCCAGGUUAGAAAUGGUGCACAAACACACCCAGACGAGUAGAGGAGGAGUUGAAGAUGCACACCCAAACAUAAGACACUGGAUGAAAAUAGAAGAGCUGCACACUCUAUCGUACUCAAGUAACUGUGGUACCAGCAUUUCCAAAUGCAGAGGCUUUGUCAGAAAACAACUACAAGAACGCACUUGCAUGCAUACAUAUACACAAGCACUUGUAGUCUGGUUUUGGUUAACACAUUAAUAAGGCACCCACUUACAAGCUCUAUAAAACGGUUCCCUAUCUAGGUGGACGAGGAACAGUUCAAGAAGAUUCUGGGCUACAUCAGCAGUGGGAAGCGUGAGGGGGCCAAACUGAUGUGUGGGGGAGGGGUGGCUGCAGACCGUGGCUACUUCAUCCAACCAACCAUCUUUGGAGAUGUCCAGGAUGACAUGACCAUCGCCCGUGAGGAGGUACAGCAUGGCAGUGUCAUUAUUAACAACUCACUCUUCAUGAAACUGGCUGUCAAGAUCCACCAUUUUGGCUCUUGGGGCUGCCUUGACAGAAUCCCCCUAAUGGCUAUACCCAUGAAAAUGAAAAGGAAAGCCUGUAUAUUUUGGUUGUCUAAAGUAUAUUUGUGUGGCUAUUUUAAAGCUAGAAUCCUUAUUUGCUACAUUCAUUUUUGAACUUGUAAAUUAAUGAUAUAUACCAAUUGAUUCUUAAAGAAUAGAUCGUAUAAAUGCCUCAUGAGCUUAGUUCAACUGUUAUACCCCAUCAGAACCCAAAAUAUAAGCUUGUUUUACUCCAGUGUUUGGAAACAACAAAUGUAAACAAACACUGUAUAGCCUCAAAACAAGGUUAAAACUAUACAUGUGAUAUCAUGGAUGGUUAGUCCUUGCAUCCAUUGCUCUGUCUAUGAAUUUGAGUGGUUACAUUUUUCCAGCCCCAUCCCUUAGCUUUUUAGCGAAACUGGGGCGAGGAGAACACUUUGUUUCAAUUAAGUAUUCUAGCUUUAAGGAAAGUAACCAGACAAGAUCAUACAUGUGUAACAUGUUCUCAUUAGAGAAAAUAUCUCUUUAGGUUAGAUUCUUUACAUUCCUUUCUCCUCUAUAAUAUUGAUUGUCUCUCCCUGCCUGUGUCUGUGUUCAGAUCUUUGGGCCGGUGAUGCAGAUCCUGAAGUUUAAGACUCUGGAGGAGGUGGUUGAGAGAGCCAAUGACACAAAGUACGGCCUGGCAGCUGCUGUCUUCACCAAAGACAUCGACAAGGCCCACUACAUCUCUAACGGACUCCGCGCUGGCACUGUCUGGUACGCUGAUUUCUAGCUUACAUUAUUUUACAUUACGUCCAUCAAAUUGUCAAUUUCUUUCCGUAGCAUUAUGGUCCAGAAGUUGGCUGAAGUUGACCUAUUAUAAUCUGCUAAUUGUGUGUGUGGGUUGUCCAUUUCUUUCUGCUUAGGAUUAACUGUUAUGAUGUGUUUGGAGCACAAGCCCCCUUCGGUGGCUACAAAUAUUCUGGUAACGGUCGUGAGCUGGGAGAGUAUGGCCUGGACAACUACACUGAAGUGAAAACAGUAAGGACCCUAUCACCACCACACACACUACUGUAGGAUCAAAUGUUCAGGCCACAUACGUAAAUGUAUGAACGCUGUUGCAACGUUACAUAUGUAAUAAACAGCAACAUCUCACAAGCAACUGUAUGUAUGUUCACAAAAUGUGUUAAUAUCAAAGCUUCAAAAACAUAUUUUAUUCUUUUACCUCAGGUAACAAUCAAGGUCCCUCAGAAAAACUCGUAAAGACAUCUGAACUCUGCCUCCAAUCAAGGAAACUAACUGACUAUAGGAAGGCUCUAUGGGACUAAAUCAGCCUUCAUUUAGUUUAUCCUCAGUUAUUGUUGGACUUUGUGUUACUUAGCCUCUGUACGCAGCUCUAACUUCAUGUAAAGAAUGUCCAAACAAGAUGAGAAAACAAUUACAGGCAUGUUGCUGUUAGUUUACCACCAGCUUGUUGUACAGCCUUGUCAAACUUCAACAGCUUAUUUUAAGCACACCAUAAUAUUUCAAAAUACAUAUUUCAGUCAUUAUGUUCAUCCUAUUUUAAUAUGGUGAAUCCCUGCUACAAUUCAGAGUAUUUUAGUACUCUUGUAGAUUAAAAGUGUGAACUUUGAAAGGAUUUUGGAUAAUAAAUGCACUUGAUACACGCUGUUACUUGCUUUUAACCUACUGUUUUCUGAUUGGACACAAAAAAAUAAUUUAGAAAGUGUUGUAUUAAUGGGAAAACAAUUUUAAAUGCUUUUAAGGAGGAAAACAGUAUGGGAUUACAAAAUAUAGAUAGACUGAAAAGAAACAAAAACACAGUAGAGGCAGUUCUAGUGCCACACAACACAGGUCAUAUGACAUUAUCAACAUCUGUACAUUAUCUAGGUUGAAGUGUGUAACUCUGGAUUGCGGUUUGAAAAUAGGCUGCUGUAUUACGCUCAGGUGUAACGAUAAUGAUAUAGCAUUUAGGGAAGAAGUAACCAAAGAGAAUACCAUACAGACUGCACAACACAGAGAAAGGAUUGACGGAGAGUGUGUGCUUUCCUUUGGUAGACAGGUGCACCGUCAGAGAGAUGACCCAAGAGAUGAAGAAGAUAAGCAAGCUGAAAGUGAUGGAUUUACCCUCGUUGUAGUUUUUGGGCAGGUCAGUUCCCAUGUAGGCAAAGCUAAAGCAUGCAAUACCCAGCAAACCUGCAAACAGUACUAUCAAAUAAAAGAUGGGGAGGACUCCAUAUGUGCAAUCCAAAAUGACCUCGCUAUACAAUGUUAUCUGAUUGGGCCUGGGUCCUUCAAUGGCUAUCCACAAAGUGCACAGAAACAGCAUUAUGACAGUGGUUGUGAUAAUAGUGAUCCACUGUCCACCAUGCUUGACCCAGAAAUCAUAUGCUUUGGGUAGUUUGGCAGCCAUUUUGAAGAUACAGACAAUCUGGAAGGAGCGAACAGCGAGACAGGACAGGCAGGCGACAUAGAAGACUAUAAACACAGAAUUGCGUAAGGUGCAGAUGGCCUCCGUGGGUUUGCCGAUGUAGAGAAAGACGCUGAUGGAGGACAUGGACAAGCAACACAACAUGAAGAAGCAGAGCCUCCCACCGGCUGACUUCACCACAGGGGUGUCCUUCUUACAAAGGAACAGAACCAAGAUGGCAAUUGAGAUGACGAUGAUGGAGCUGGCCUGGAACAUCAGAAAAAUGACCAACGGAGCAUCGGAAUGCAGAUACUCUAUAGUGCGCUUAGUGCAUGAUGUACUGCCAUUCCUGGCCCACUCAUCCGUUUGGCAUGCUAUGCAGCUGUAGGGAUCGGCUGUUGGGGGAGAUAGGGAAGAGAAAGUCUGGGUGAUAGAUGCUAAUAUGUGUACAGAUAACCAUCAUUCUUGUCAUGUGAGUCAUAGGUCAUACAGUGCCCUCCACUAAUAUUGGCACUCUUGGUAAAUAUUAGCAAAACGGGCAGUGAAAAAAAUGUCUUUGCUGUUUAUCCUCUUGGUCUUUCAUUCAAAAUAUUCACAAAAAUCGAACCUUUAAUUGAAGUAAAAUGAUUGAAAAGAAUGAAUGUGAAAUAAAUGAAAAAAAGAAUCUCCAAAACAUGUGCCACAAUUAUUGGCACCGCUAGAAAUUCUUAUAAGUAUAUUCCCAUUCAUAUUUUAUGUUUUUAAGUUCACCUGAGUGAUUAGGAACACUUAAGUGGUAAGCCUUGACUUCCUGUUUCACUGGGGUACAAAUAUGAGGUGACACACAGGCCAAGUUCCCA